AUGACCGUCGGUCCUUCCAGUACCGCCCAGCAGGCCGAGCUGCAAUUCGCCUGCGUCACCGCCGACGGCCGCGUCAAGACGCUGUGGGGCGACAACGCGCUGUUGCUGCUGUCCUCCGGCGGCGAGGCCUUCGCGCACGCCCCGCCGGGCGCGCCGGCGCCCACGUGCCAGAUCAGCGAGUUCGCGCUCAGCCGCGCGGCGCCGCUGCUUGCGCAGGCGCUGCGGCUCCGCAACACACACGCCGACCGCCCGGCGUUCUGCCGCGCGCUCGCGCGGCGCGCCGCAGCGGAGGGCGAUGUGUUCCCCCUCGGCUACCCCAUACGACGAGUCUACUGGCCGGCAUCUUUCGGCGCCGCUUUGAACGGCGGCUAUGCUGAGCUUCUCGACGGCGGCCGCGUCGCCGUGCGCAGCGUCUGCGGCGCCGCGCGCGCCGUGCUCGACGGCGGCGCGCGCGCGCGGCUCGCGGUCUGCUACCCGCUGCUGCUGCCGCGGCUGGGCUCGGUUCAUGGCGCUGGGCAGUACGAGCACGUGUGGCAGACGCAGGUGUUCUCAACCCGCCAUUGCCCCGAGCGCUGGGCGCCCGCGCUCGCGCUCGCGACCGCCGUCGCGCGCGCCGCGGGGGAGGGCAAUCAGCCACGGCGCGGCAGCGGCAGGGAGCGGCCGGACGGCGGGCGUUCCGGCGGCGGCGGCGGGGACGGCCUUGAACGCGCGGCGCGCCGCGAGGCGCGGUGCAGCAGCGAUGGCGGCGUCUGCAGCGGCGGCGCGGAUAGGGGAGGCGACGAAUACGAUUGCAGCCCAACCAAUCAGGAGCCGUUUUCAGAGGAGGAGCUGCUUGCGCCGACAGAGGCGAUGACUGAUCUGCCAGAAGUGAUAUGGCCGGCGUUUGGUGCUGCAGGCCGCGGCGGCGGCAGCGCUGGCAGCAGUGCCAGCAGCAGCGGCGGGGGCGGCGGCGGCCGAGGAAGGGAGGUCCCGGGAGGCCCCGCGGGGGGCACGUCCGAUGCGGCCGCGGGCCUGGCCGAAUGCUUUGGCAGCUUCCCGGCGGGCAGCUGGUGGCUGGACGCGUCGCCGCUGCUGCCUGCUGACCUGGCAGUGACGCUGGUGUGGACGCCGGAGGCCACUUACCUGUUUCUGCAGGACGCGGGUGAGGUCGAGGCCUGGCUGCACGAGGAUGACUCAGUGAUGACUACGCAGGAGCCCGGCUUCGUGGAGCACCCACUGCCGGGGGAGGCAGAUCCCCGGGUGUAUGCUGCAGGGGCGCUGCCGGAUGUUGUUGUUUCGAUGGCCACUGGGCGGCGGCUGGCGGUGGGGCCGGUGGCGGCGCGGGCGCUCAAGUACAGGGCAGCGAUGGCAGCAACCGCACAGCGGGCGGCAGCGGCCGCGGCCGGCGCGGUGCCAAGCAUCGGCGCGGGCGCCCAUACGCUGCUGCCCAGCUUUCCGCGCUGGCGGCCCCGCACGGGUAGCGGCGGCAAGGCCGCGCCAUUGGCGGCGGCCCCCGGCCCCUGGCGCAUAUCCCAUCCGGGUCCCGACCAGAACCAUGCAGACGAGGUCCCGCAGAUCUCCGAGGAGAUCCUGGAAGACCAGCGGGUGGAGGGGCUGGGCAGCUUCCGUGCCCACGCGGACGGCCGCGUGCGCGUGCUGUUUGAUGACAGAACAAUCCUUCGGUUGGACGGGGCCCACAAUGAGUUCCGGCUGACACUGAGGGACGGCUCUUCGGCGGUCGUCGCGGCGGCCAACCCAGUGGGGGUGGCGGAAUACGUGGGGGCGGCGCUCGAAUUCGCGGCGUGGGCGUUCAGGAGCCCGGCGGAGCGGGGGGCGCUGCUGCGGGCGCAGGCGCUGGUGCAGGCGGAGCUGCAGACGACCGCGCGGAUGGCCGCGAUCUGCGAGUACAGCAGUGGCGCCCGCCUGCCAGCAGCAGCAGCAGCAGCAGCGGCAGCAGCAGCAGCAGCAGCAGAGGACGAGGCGGCAGCGGAGGCCGCCGCCCGGCGGCCCCUGCAUUCGGCAGCCCAGGGGACCCCCAACGGCAGCGGCGGCAGGCCCGCGGCGGGAUGGACGGGCGGGACCGGGGGUGGUGGUGGGGACGACGGUGCAAGACGCGGUGUGCUGUGCGAGAGCGGGCGGCAGGCGUGGGGCUCGAUGGCGCCCGACGGCUGGGCAAGCACCAGCUGCGGACGCUGGAGCAAUGGCGGCGGCGGCGGUGAUGAGGAGGAGCCGUGGGCGGGUGCUCUUGCCCCUGGAGAGGCAGCCGGCGGAGGGGACGGCGGCGCGGCGCACACGCGUUUGGUGGUCUGGCCGACGCCGCGGCGGGAGCUGGGGGUGGAGACGCGAGGGGCUGGGGAGCACAUGAGCUGGCAGCAGCAGCAGCAGCAGCAGCAGCAGCAGCAGCAGCAGCCGGAGCAGCUCCGAGAUUUGCCGGCGGGAGAUGGAGACGCCGCGGCCGGCGGCGGCUGGUGGCUGCGUGCAGGCGGCAGCAGCAGAGGCGGCGGAGGCGGCAGCCGCGGGCAGCAGGUCAUGGGCAGCGCUGACCUGGGCUGGUCGAUGGCGGCUGCGGCGGCCGAACGGGAGCGGGCUGUGGGGGAGAUGCUACGGGGCAACGCCGCCCUGCUGCAGCGGCUGUAG